AAAAGUAAAGAAAAAAAGAGGAGGUUUAGAGGAAGGGUUGUGUUUGGCGGUGAUGAAGGUAUGUCCUUAUCGUUAGCAGUACAGAAAUGUGUAUGUGCGGCUGAAAUUGGAAUAGAAAGUCUGAGAGAGUGAGAUGCAAAGUUCCCUAAUUAGGGAAGGGAGGGAAGACGAACAAGACUGCGGCGGUGACAAGAACAAAAGCAAGCGUGUGUGUGCGUGUGCGUGUGCUUAUCUUAUCAGGAACGAAACAACAACACCGAAUAAUAGAAUAAGAAAGUGCUCAGUGCCCACCAUCUUUUGCUCCACCACAGGGAACACAAGUACAAUCUAGCUAAUUAAUCCAACCCAGGCCAUGAUGCAACCUGACGGUGGUUUGUCACGUUUCCGUUCAGCUCCGGCGACAUGGUUGGAAGCACUUCUUCUGAAGGAUGAAGAAGAACUGGAAAUCCAGGAGGAGCCUUUAACCUUCACUCAGCUGCUUUCCAACGCUGCUGGCCCUGGUCCCUCCUCUUCUCUCUUUCCCUCUCAUUCUCAACAAUACUUGUCCAGCCCCAAUCCCAUCACACACCACGACCAGGAAUUUGAGCAUGGUGGUAAAGCAGCAUCUGACAUCAGAAUGGACAAUGUUCUAGAGGAUUCGGUGCCUUGUAAACUUCGGGCAAAGCGUGGCUUUGCUACGCAUCCUAGGAGCAUUGCUGAAAGGGUUCGGAGGACACGAAUCAGUGACCGCAUAAGAAAGCUUCAGGAACUUGUGCCCAACAUGGAUAAGCAAACAAAUACUGCUGAUAUGCUAGACGAGGCGGUAGCUUAUGUAAAGUUUCUUCAAAACCAAAUUCAGGAACUAUCAGAGCACCAACGGAGGUGUAAAUGCAUGGUUCAAGAGUAAAUUGGUGAUUCCGUUCCAUAGUGAUUUUGGCUGCUUAGGCAUUGUUGCAUAUUAUCAGAUAUUUGGUGUUCUAAUGAAGAUCAAUCAUUCACUGUGAUUGCUGCUGAUUAUAUUUUAUCAAGCAAUAUCUCAAGAACCUUAGAAGAUGAAGUUCUGCCACAUUCUUAUGCAAUGUAUACAAGUUCAGGGUGCCUUUCACGAAUUCACUCAAAGAAAAAUCCCAUUAGUGUGAUUACUGUGGUAUAGUUGAACAGUUGCAGUGCUGUGUACUCAGUUUCAUAUUAAACAGCUAUUUAUGUUAGCUUCUUUAUACAGAAUCAAACAAUGUACUCCGUACUAAUGUAAAAGGCACAGCAUAUGAUCACGGAGCUCUCCUAAAAGAGACAGUGAGUGAUAAAACAAGAGGUGAAGAGUGUUUGAUUAAAGUUGGAUCCAAUAUAACAACAGUUUUUUACAAA